AAAGCCAUCUGUUUGUCACUUUUGACUGGAGCAAGUCAGGGACAGAGAAGUGGUCUUAGCAGCUGCAUCCUGCAGCUGAGGAGAGGAUGAAGAAGGCAAGGACCCCAGGCAUGCGGGGCUCCAGAGAAUCUAAGACUCCAGCUCCUUGGUGGUAGCAGACUUUCCUCAGCCGGCGGGGACUGCAUUCCAUUGUUAUCAGCUGGGGAGAGGACCUGAUCAUUCUGGGCUGGUCCUCCGUGGAAAAGCCGUGUGAGGAGGUGGCCGUGAUUGGGACAAGCUGUGCCUGGAGAUUUCUCAAUGGACUCACCAACCCAGUCAUUGCUGGAAUUUUUGUCGUUGGGUCAUCACUGGGGCAGCAGAAGGAAUUUUGGGCUCUGAGCCCGAGGACUCUGAGUUCUAGUUCUGCAUCUGCCACAGAUUCACUGUGUCACUUUGGAGAUCGAGUGACAAGAUCACCCACUUUGGGUCCGGCAAUCUGGGCUGCUGUCUUGGCUCUUAAUAAUUGCCACUGUGACCUUGGUACAAUUACCCUGCCUGACAGAAAUCGGAGAUGGGGAUGACCCUGGGACUAGGCAGUGAGAGCUAUUUCAGAGUCCCAGACUUUGGCCUUCCUUUGUUCCAGAUUCCACAUUAAGACUUACCCUGCUACUUUGAACUCCAAGAAAAUGGCCACCGAUGAUUACAACUUCUCUGAUGGCUACUAUGACUAUGAAGGUGAUGGGUUUGUCAUAGCACCGGAAGAGUCCACCCCCAAUGAUGAUGGGGUUGCCAGGAUCUUCCUGGUGGUGGUCUACAGCUUAGUCUGCUUUCUGGGACUCUUGGGGAAUGGUCUGGUCAUUGUGAUCACUGCCUUCAAGAUGAAAAAAACUGUAAACACUGUCUGGUUUCUCAACCUAGCUGUGGCAGACUUUUUAUUCAAUGUCUUCCUCCCAAUUCACAUCGUCAACGCUGCCAUGGACUACCACUGGGUUUUUGGGAAGGUCAUGUGCAAGAUCAGCCACUUUGUGGUGGUCUACAAUAUGUACACCAGCGUCUUCCUACUUACCACCAUCAGCUUUGACCGCUGUGUCUCUGUUGUCUUCCCAGUGUGGUCCCAGAACCAUCGGAGCAUCCGGCUGGCUUCCAUUGCAUGUGCAGCCAUCUGGACCCUAGCCUUCUUUUUGGGUUCCCCAUCCUUGGUUUUCCGGGACACAACUGUGCACCAGGGCAAAAUUGUCUGCUUCAACAACUUCAGCCUGUUGGCCAAUGUCUCCCACCCCUAUCAUUUCCAUUUGGCCCAGGACUCAGUCGCCUACGUGAGGCAUGUGAUGGUGACCGUCACCCGGUUCCUGUGUGGAUUCAUCCUCCCUGUGUUCAUCAUCACAGUGUGCUAUCUCAUCAUUGUCUGCAAGCUGAAGCGCAACAGGUUGGCCAAAUCCAAGAAGCCAUUUAAAAUCAUCGUGACCAUCAUCAUCACCUUUUUCCUCUGCUGGUGUCCUUACCAUACCCUGUACCUGCUGGAGCUCCACCACACCACCGUGCCAGCUUCUGUGUUCAGUCUGGGGCUACCCUUGGCCACAGCCCUUGCCAUCUCCAACAGCUGCAUGAACCCCAUUCUGUACGUCUUCAUGGGCCAGGAUUUCAAGAAGUUCAAGGUGACUAUCUUCUCUAGGCUGGUCAAUGCCUUGAGUGAGGACACGACUGCCCACUCCUCCUUCAUGAGUCAUAGGAGUAUCACUAAGAUGUCCUCUGUGAAUGAAAGGUCCUCUGUGAAUGAGAGGGAGACAGGCAUGCUCUGAGUGUCACAUCAGGACCCCCCAGUGUCCACAGAGACAGGCACCUCCCUUUGGCUUUGGCUCAACCGGGAAACUUUCAAAGUGUCUAAAGGCAGGGCAAGAAUAUAUCUGGCUACCACGUUUCCACCAAGGUUGGUGAAUCACUGUUAGCCGGUGGCUAAAUUUGAUAAGAGAAGUGAAAGACAUUUUGAGAUAGGUCCCAAGGGGAUGGAAUUAAGCUCCAUGAAUUCAGGGCAUUCACUGUCCGGCUUUUUACCUUGUCUCACCUCUCUGUGGCCUAUGAGCUAAUAUAGUGGAUUAAAGAAACUUGUCACGCUGAACAUGAGCAUAAGAAUGUCAACAUGAAAGGGGACUUGGAGAUCAUCUUUACAAGAUGGGGAAGGUGAGGCCCAAUGAGGACAUGUGCCUUGCCCAAGGUCAUUUGAUGGUGAAACCAGGACUGGAACUCAGAUCUGUCCAAGUCACUGACAUUGCCUGCCCAUGAAUACACUGCCUUUGGGGGAUGAUGAGUUUUCUUUGAGCCUUGAAUGAAGAAGGGGCAGAAGAAAGAAUGAGGACAUUCUCAGAGAGAAGGCUCUACAAAGCUCACUAUGGGGUUUGAUUGAGUGUUUUAAAUGCUUCCGGGAAUGGGAUCUUAUGCAGGGCCAUAAUGAGGAGUAUAUUUGGUCACUCCCUCCUUGGGAGUGACCCAAUGAUUUUAUCCCCAGCACUGGCCUCUGUGUAGGCAGCUUAGCCUAUGUUAAAGGCACCACCCUCCCUCAUCGCCCCCCCCCCCCAGCUUAAACACUGCCUGAAAUUUACAAAGUAGAAUUUAAGCUCCCUGAGGGCAAGAUUUGUUCCAUUUUUGUUUUUGUCUCCCCAGCACUUGGCACAGUGCCUGGCACAUUUUAAAUGUUUAAGGAAUGUUUGUUGAAUUGAAUUAUUCCAUCAGAGCCAUAGAAUCUCAGUGGUUGAUAGGGACUUAGAGAGGAUUUAGGAGGACAAGAUUUUAGAGCUGGUAGGGACCAACAUUCAUUCAUUCAUUCAACAAAUCCAUCAAGUCCAACUGCCCCAUUUGCUUACAAAUAAGGAAACUGAAGUCCACUGACUUGCCCAUGGUCACACUGGUAGUAAGUUGCAGAGCUAGGUCUUUUGACUCCAAAUCUAAGACUUUUACCACUAUACUAUACAAUCUCCCAGUCCAAUCUAGACUACUUAAUCUAAUCCAUUCUUCAACACUCUAACAAAUAAGAAUCCUCCUUUGGGUUAAGGCUUUGUUUCUAGAAUACCCCUGUUGACCAUGGAUAUAUUUUCUGGUUGGGGUAGCAUAAUAAUCCAAGGGCACCCAUUAUCAUGGUAGCGUAGAUUGAUUUCUUUUCUUUUCUUUUUUUUUUUUUUUUGGUGAGGCAAUUGGGAUUAA